UAUUAUGUCAAUGGUUCGGACGUACACAUUCAGCGACAAGCGUAUGGAUUAAAAAAAUUAAAAUGGCUAGCGAAGUUGAAGAUACUUUAAAACGCAUUCAAUCGCACCGUGGAGUCAUCGGUACAAUUGUAGUAAAUAACGAAGGCAUUCCUAUUAAGUCAACUUUGGACAAUUCAACUUCGGUCCAAUACGCUGGAUUGAUACAACAGUUAGCUGAUAAAGCUAGGAGUGUUGUGAGAGAUUUGGAUCCAUCUAACGAUUUGAUGUUCUUGAGGAUGCGUACUAAAAAACAUGAGAUAAUGGUGGCUCCAGAUAAAGAUUUCAUUAUGAUCGUUAUUCAAAACCCAACAGAAGCACAGUCAUAAGAAAACAAUUUUGAAAUAUUAUAGCAAAUCAUAAAAUACACUUAAAUUUAAAUCUAAAUAACAUCCAAAAAUAGAAAUUUGUAAAUAAUAUUAUAGAUAAUUACAAAUAAUAUUGUACAUAUUAAAUAUUGAUUUUUAUAAUUUUAUAUAAUGCAUACAAGAUUUUAAUUUUAUAUUUUCUUCUAAAACUAUUUAUUUGUUUUUAUGAAUCCAGAUAUAUAAUUGUUCUCAAUUGAACAUUAUCUAUGUCUGCAUGUCAGUUGUUUACGAUAUUUCAAUAUUUAAGAAUGAUUGUCAACAGUUGGUAUGAGUACCUAUAAUAAAUUAUUGAAAUUUUAAAAAUCCCUAAAUUUUUUCUUUGUUAAAAAAUUAAAAUAUCCUAUACAACCGACAUAAAAACACAUAUUACAGAUAAUAUUCUUUCCUUUAAUUUUGCUGAUAACUAAUAGGUAAACCUCACUCUGACAGCACAAGCCUACUAACCGAAAAUUAUUUAUGUUGUAUUUUUCGCGGUUUUUUGUCCUUAUAACACAGGGUAGUAGGACACAAAGAUACUGUAUGUUGUUUCUUUAUUCAUAUUUUGUAUUAUUAAAAAUGUUUUUUAAUAUUUCAAGUAUUUUGUUUAUUUUGGGUAUUAUGUUGUUUAUACAUUUAUUUUAUGCAUUUAAUAUAUUUUAUAGUGGACUAGUGGCCUAGUGGCAUUGAUAGAGAUUGAAGACCAUUAGAUACUUUAUAAUACUUAAAAUAAUAAGCAAAAUAUAACUGCAAUAAGAGCAAAAAAUAAAACCAAAAA